GCUAACUCUUCUUCUUCUUCUUCCCCUUCAGGAGGCCAAACUUUUUUUAAGCGAUGGGUGCAGUUGUGGUAGACGAUGGUGCGUCGGGAGUGAAAGCCCCAGAUGGUGGAUGGGGAUGGGCAGUCCUCUUUGGGUGCUUCGUCAUUACAGGAUUCUCCUACGCAUUCCCCAAAGCUGUCAGCGUUUUCUUUAAGGAGUUGAUUCGGGAGUUUGACGUUGGCUACAGUGACACUGCAUGGAUCUCCUCCAUCUUGUUGGCUAUGCUGUAUGGAACAGGUCCAGUGUGCAGCAUCCUGGUCAAUCGAUUUGGCUGCCGUCCUGUCAUGAUGGUGGGAGGCCUUCUGGCAUCUUCAGGAAUGGUCACAGCGGCCUUCUGCACCAGCAUCAUUCAGAUCUACCUCACCACUGGUGUCCUCACGGGUUUGGGUUUGGCACUGAACUUCCAGCCUUCCCUAAUCAUGCUAAACCGAUACUUUGACAAGAGGCGCCCGCUGGCCAAUGGACUGUCGGCCGCUGGCAGUCCAGUAUUUCUGUGCACCCUCUCCCCACUGGGACAAAUCCUACAGACUCACUUUGGUUGGAGAGGCGGCUUUCUCAUCCUUGGGGGACUGUUGCUUAACUGCUGUGUCUGUGGGGCCCUCAUGAGGCCCUUGGAGCCUCCCAAAAAGCCCGCUGGAGAAGAGCAGGUGGUGGUCCCGAAGAAAAGCAACAAAAAACUUCUGGAUUUCACGGUCUUAAGGGAUAAGGGCUUCAUCAUCUAUGCCAUCGCUGCGUCCAUUAUGGUGCUUGGGCUCUUUGUACCCCCAGUGUUUGUGGUCAGCUAUGCAAAAGACUUGAAAUACCCAGACAACCAGGCUGCUCUGCUGCUGACAGUUUUGGGAUUUAUAGACAUAUUUGCAAGGCCCACAUGUGGGAUAAUUGCGGGUCUCAAAUGGGUCCGGCCUCGAUGUGUGUACCUCUUCAGCUUCGCCAUGAUCUUCAAUGGCAUGACAGACCUUAUUGGAUCCAUGGCAGCAGACUACACAGGGCUGGUUGUGUUCUGCAUAUUCUUCGGGAUCUCCUAUGGUAUGGUGGGGGCACUGCAGUUCGAGGUCCUGAUGGCCAUUGUGGGCCGGGAGAAGUUCUCUAGCGCCAUCGGCUUGGUGUUGCUGGCUGAGGCCAUUGCUGUCCUCGUAGGCCCACCUUCUGCAGGGCGACUGCUGGAUGCCACCAAGCGCUACAUGUUUGUAUUCAUAGUCGCUGGCACCGAGGUGGUCCUCUCUGCACUCGUCUUGGCCCUCGGAAACUUCUUCUGCAUUAAGAAAGCGGACCCAGUUGCCGAGUCGAAGACCGAGGUGCCGCUAAGCCCCAUGGAAACGGAGGAGCUCAACAAGCCUGAAGCAGAGAAGCUGCAGUCUGAAAGUGUGGCGGUGGACUCUAUUGAGGCAGUGCCAUCCUGUAAAGAGGACGUGGAGAAGAACGGCGAAUUGGUGACGAACCCUGAAACCUGUGUAUAAGGCGAGGGAGCUUCUCAAAUCCACCUGUGUUUACCACAGUUAACGUCUCGUGUGUUCUUAGGUUUAAUAGAGCUAGGGCUGUGCGAAACUGAACUGAGAGACAGAGAGGACGCGACUCUGAACAGAUCUGCCUGAUCUUCAAGCAACCAAAGGCUUUUCAUUUGUAAACCCAUCUUCAGACAGUUCCAGAAAACCUCGCUGCAUACCACUCCAUGAGUGUGCCCAGGAGUGCCCCCAAGAAGCUGGGUAAUUGUGUCUGCGCCAGCCCAGUCGAGAUUUCUGCAUUGACAUGGCGACUCGAUGGAUGCAAGUGGCUUGCUUUCUUUCCCUGUUGCCACAUCCACGGGGGCCUCAUCAGAAUUCCUCGUGCUUGAAGCUUCUGUCCCGUCAAACCCACGACUUCCCCUCCCCAGUAAGCCAUAAGGUAUUGUAUGAACUCCAUUACUUGCACACCCGGGCCACCACCAAGACUCAUUUCACAGGUCUCUCGUCUUUUUCUUUUUUAUUCACUCCAAGAAGCUGCAGAGUGUUCAGCUCAAGCGCGGGUUGCACUUGGUUUUAAGUGAGUGUGUUUUAAUGUCCUGUCUUUAAGAGUGCAGCGCGGGCAGGGACGCUGUGUGCCACAGUCCUGUCACGUCUGAACUGGAACUGCGAUCCAGACAGCUUGUACAAAGAUUUUUUUUUUUAUAUGUGCGUGUAUAUCUGUGUGUAUUAUUAAUGUCCAGUCUACCUUAAUUUAUUUAGAGGGGUUACACCACCAUUCGGUCAAUAGGACUGGCAUACUGGCUGUGCCCCGCGUUCUGGUGGCUGCACUUUUUAAUUUUGGUAUUUUGCACAACGGGCAUUCCGCCCCUAUGAAUGAGUUCUAGAAGUGGGGUAGGCUUCAUCUCGAGUUGUAAUGCUGAGCAAAUACUGUAUUAAACGCAAAGUGUGUGUGUGCGCAUUUUUUUAAAAAAAGAGAAA